UCCUCCAUGGACUCGACGGUAGAGAAGGGCACUGCCCAACACCUAGAGCACGCAUCUGACACAUCUGGAGACGUUCAACGCGAUGGCAAAGGCCUUGCUGUCGCUUUCGAAGAGGGCAAGGACGCCGGCCUAAGCGAAGCUCAUCUCUGUAGCGAAGAGGACAACAAGCGCAUUUUACGAAAGACUGAUCUAUGGAUGCUCUCGCUGCUCUGUAUGGUCUACUUCCUCCAAUCAGCAGAUAAAGGUAUUAUCGGUCUUACAGCCGUCUACGGACUCAAGAAGGAUGCACACCUCAAAGGCAAUGACUACUCCAACAUUGGCAAUAUUGGUUACUACGCACAGCUCGCUGUCCAACCACUAGCUGCAUGGGUACUCGUCAAACUGCGAUACCGACAAGUUUUGCCCGUCAUCAUUACCUGCUGGGGUAUCUCAGUCGCUGCUGGUCUUGCCGGUUCUCGCAACUAUGCUGGCCUCNNCCUGGCCUCAAGAUUCCUCCUUGGAGCUUUUGAAGCUGCGGUAGUGCCUCUGUUUUCCAUGAUUACGAUUGCCUUCUACCGACGCUCGGAACAGCCUUUCCGUGUUGCCUGCUGGUACAGCUGCUACGGUCUGAGCACUCUCAUCAGCGCGCCCAUCGUCUAUGGCUUCGGUCGCAUUCACUCCUCCACACUUUACCGUUAUCAAGUGGUCUACCUCUUCUUUGGUCUCUUGACUAUCUGUAUCGGACUCAUCACCUACUGGUGGGCACAUGACAGCCCUGGAGAGGCUCGCUACCUUUCUCCUGAAGAUCGCCUCAAGGCUGUUGACCGUCUGAAGGCUAAUCAGCAGGGUAUCGUCUCCCACAAGUUCAACUGGAAGCAAGUCAUUGAAGCCUUCACUGAGUUGAAGUACUGGCUUUUCAUGAUUAUGGUAGUAAACGCCGGUGCCUCCGUGUCAUCAGUUUUUGGCUCUAUCAUCCUUCAGAAUCUUGCUGGUUUCACCCCUGAUCAAGCAGUUCUGCUCAACAUGCCAUCUGGAGCACUCCAGUUCGUUUCGAUUCUCGGCGCUUCUUACCUUGCAUACCGCUUCAAGCGCAAGUCUCCAUUCUUGCUUGGUCUUGUGUCUAUCGUCAUUGUAGGAGUUGCUUUGAUGGUCGCGCUGCCAAAGACCAAGAACAACAAGGGUGGUCUACUCGCCGGAUACUACCUUAUCGCUUUCGUGUACGCCAUCAACCCUCUGCUCAUCUCGUGGAUGGGUGGCAACUGCGCUGGACAGACCAAGAAAGCCAUCUACUACACCUCCUUCAACGCUGGUAACGCCAUCGGUAACAUCAUCACACCCUACAUUUUUGACUCCAAGUUCGCACCUCAAUACGUCAACGCUCUCAAAGGCAUUCUGGUCAUCUGGAUCAUCCUCUGGGCAGUCGUCGUGCUCCAGAUCUUGAACAUCACUUGGAUCCAGAAGAAGAAGGGCAACCAGCGUGAAGCAGCAGGACUCCCCAGAACCUUCGAGGACUACUCUAUGACCGACAAGUUCCAUGAAGCUGGUGCAGAGGUUCACGGCGAGAACGGUCUGCAGGAUAUGACCGACAAGCAGAACCUUUACUUCUCUUACUUGCUGUAA